UCCCAACUGGAGCGACGGAAAUAGGAACAGUGCUUCUGGGACUUCCACCGGCAACCCGUCUCUCAAGGGGAUCGAGAUGAUGCUAUAUGGGCAGAGAUUCUGAGUAGCGAAUUUUGGCUCUCGUUCUCGAGUUCAACAAUUGCCCCUCCAUCGGCCAUUAUCGGCCUGCUUUAUCAGCAAACGCGGGUGGGGACAUCGCUCUAUCCCCGCGGAUAGAUAUGCUGUGAGUAGCCCAAGUACCUGAUUGAGCUGAUGCCACACACAGUAAACUCAUUCGGCUGCGCAAGGUUGAGGAUCUCUACGGGAAGACGAAUAAAAAUUGGCUUCUUCCGUCUUGAAGGCAGCGUUGAAGGAAAACGAGACUCGAGCAAGCAGCAUCGAAGUCCGGGAAAUUCAAGACUUGGAUCUAUUUCAGGCUUCAGCGGCCCCAGAAUGGGCCGAAACGAGCCAAGAGGCCCGAGGAGCCAAGACGGCUUGUGGAACCUCCAGGCCAGUCCAGGGGCACCUCAAUUCCCAACGUCCAAGCAGGGCAAUUCCAUCACUGGUCAAAAAGGAGGGAUGCAGAAGAAAAUGCCACCCAGACGUGUCGACAUCGUCGAGUCGAUUCAAAUUUAGCUCUGCCAUUCUGCUGAUUCUGCGCAUUACCGAAGCUCCUCAGCGUCGUUGUGACGGCCGCGUCAUCCGCUCAAUUCCGCUGCCUAAUUCUGCGACGCGAACCUG